CUUGAACAGCAAACCAGCAACAUGUUCGUAAAACUGGCAGUCAUCGCUUGCUCUCUAGCCCUCGCCUCAGCGGCAUACAACGGUCCCCUAGCAGGAGGUCAACCUGCCGACCUAUUCCCAGCAGGAGUCGACCCGAAAGCCUGCCCCAACUUCCCCGUAUGCUCCAACCCCGCUGUCGCUGUCAACCAGGUGCCCGUGCAAGAGUACCCCCAGCAGUACCAGCCCCAGCAGUACCAACCUCAGCAGUACCAAGCUCAACCUCAGCACUACCAAGCUCAACCCCAACAGUACCAAGCUCAGCCGCAGCAGUACCAGUCCGCUAUCAACCAGUACAACCCGGUGCUUCCUCAGCAGUACGCUGCUCAGCAGAGCCAGGCUCAGUACAGCCCCGAGCUGCAGAAUGCUUUGGACAGGGGAGAGUACAUUGGGGAUGGUGAUUACCACGGAGAAGGUCUCGCUGAGGCUUUGGCCCCUGGACAUGGUGCUCCUCAGCAGAGAGCCUACAACCCUGCUCCAGCUUACAACCAAGCCGCCUACAGCCAGCCACAGGCAGUACCCCAGUAUGAUGCGAGAGCCUAUAACCCAGCCCAGUACAACCAGGCCGGAGCCCAUGCGAUCCCAGCGCAGAUCCCAGCAGGCGUGGAUGCAAGCGCGUGCCCAAAUUACCCGUUCUGUCACUGAAAAAGUUGGUUCGACAAUGUUUCGUGGAAAAUUUAGCUAGACUGCCAGUUGACAACAUGUUGUCCGAAUUUGUUUCCUAAUUUUUUAGGUGUUUCCUGUAAUAUAGAUAAAAUUGUGUAUAAUUUGUUUUAUACAAAAGUUAUUUAAUUAAAAACACUCUAAGAAAAACCAA